GCAACACCACACUUUACUUCAGUUCCUCUGACCCGUACCGGAUAGACCAAUGUCUCCAAUAAAGGCCCCGGUCAAUCUGCCGGAGCUUGUCAAAGCGGCAUUCAAUAAGGCUCGCUCCAAUGGCGAACUGACCUACUAUGCAACUCAGGUCACAGUGCUCAACGCCAACUCAACCCCAUUUCAACUCCGCUUCUCCCCCGCCUUGGCGAACAAGCCGGUCGCCCAGAAGCCCAAGAAGACCGAUGAGCCACGCAAGCCUUUUGAUCCUUUUGAGAGUCCCGAGAAGGGCCCGCUGUUCAUCGCCGAAAUUCCAUCGUCGUCGGGCCACAACUUGGUGCUGAACAAGUUCGCCAUUGUUCCUGAGCACUUCAUUCUAGCCACCAAGGAGUUUAAGCAACAGACCGAUCUCCUUGAGCGCGACGACUUGGCAGCAACGUACUCUUGCAUAGAGGCUUACAGACAGUACGGCGAACAACAUCAGGGGCAUAACAGCGAGCUAUAUGCCUUCUUCAACAGCGGCUCGCACUCGGGUGCAAGCCAGCCUCAUCGGCACAUUCAGCUGCUUCCGGUGGCGCGGAUGAUGGACGGUUUACCCGACGGCGCACGAUGGGAUGUGCUAGCGAAACAGCUUGGCCCGCAGCACGUCUCCGGGCUGCCGUUUUUAACCUUUGCGGAGACGAUCCAUCGAGGCAUGACCCCGGAUGAGCUUCACGGCAUCUAUCUAUCACUUUUCAAGUUGGCGGUUGAUGCAGUGGAAUCUCACGUCGGCGCUGAGAACGACUCUGGGAAUGGCGGCGCGCGCAUCAGCUAUAACCUUGCCAUGACGAGCGACCGGCUGGCGGUACUGCCACGACUUGCCGAGGGCGCGACCAUCUUCAAAGACGGUACGGCCGUAGGAAACCUCGCUCUCAACGGCACCGUCUUGGCGGGAACGGCUUUGGUCAAAAACGAGGCCGAAUGGGAUGCGCUAAGGUCAGGAGGCGACGGUGAUGGCGUCCAAUUACUCGAAGUUUUAUCGAAAAUCGGCGUUCCCAAGGAUGGCGGCGGAAGCCACACAAAAAAGCUGUGAAGGCACCAUAUACAUCAUGCACGUCCAUGGAGAAAGGGAGGAGGGGGCAAACACACAUUGCAGAUGCGAUGCAAGCAAACAUUGGCCCAGCGGCAAGACUCUAACUAAUAGAAAGCAAACAUGAUAAGUCAGCCGCAUCCCACUCGAUACCGAGAUCUCCAUACGAAUACAACCACCGAUGGUCUACCAUCAAUCGACAUGUCACUUGUCAAAAAUUACUAAUCCGCUGUCCACAUCACAUCGUUGCCCCAAGCAUCAAAGCCGAUCGCAUCGCCCCGUGCCUUCUCGGUCUAUACCCACACACUCAAUGCAAUCGAAUUCAUCACUCCAUCGCGUCGUAUACACCCAUCUGGUGCCCCGAAGCACCCAUCACGAGCUCGUCCCAUUUCUUGCGACAAGUGGCGUUGCCAAAGAGAUAGGAGCCACCGUUCCUCUGGAUGUAUUCGGCGACUUGCUUCCAGGGGAUCUUGAUGGAAGCGGGAUCGCUACCCUUGGCAAACUUGCGGACGGCUCUCUGGAGCAGAUGAACCUGCGAGUUGUAAGUCAGCUGGCGCCAAGAAAUAGAAAUCACAAGGAAGAAUGGCAAGCAAUAACUCACGUCCUUAUCCGUCCACUCAGGCUUCCGAACCC